AGGGAUGUGCAAUAAAUGCUGGCUUAGCCAGUGACGCCCUUAUCCUGUGAAUGAAUUUUUAAAAAUUAGAAUAUACUGCAAUAAGCAAAGCAAGAGUCAGAAGUAAUGGAGUUAAUGAUUGAAAGUAUUAAUUUGGAAUUAUUUAGAUAAAAUUUUAACAGUCUGGAAGUAUAUUUGACAGGAAUAUGACAUUGAAUGGUAGGAUAGUUUCUGAGAACCUGUGUAAUAUUGCCUGAUGCAAUGCAUGUAUAUAAUGUAAAGCAUUUUAUGUUCUGGAGAAGGCUGAACCUUCUUCGUAUGUGACUAAUAAAAUGUGACUGGGACAACAUGAAGCAUGUUACAAAAAUCACCAGAAUUCAGGAUGGAUGUCAAGAAUAAAGCUUAACAGUAUAAUUGGUCCUUUCGUGUGGAGUGCUCCACCAUUCAGUACAGUAGGUAGGACCCAGGAUUUGAUUGAUGUCCCUCUGCUGCGCUCAGUUGGUUUGAAAUCACAAUGUUCCUUUCAUUGAGAUUUUAAAGGCUGGGCAUAGAUGUACCAAGAACGAUUGUAUCAGUUUCCAGCUUCACGAUGAUUAAAGAGACAAUUGUAUUCUCCUGUGAUGGGUAGGAGCCUCAGUCAUUCUUCUACAAGUGUUAAUUUCAACAGACUGGAGUCUCCUAAUUCUAUGCUUGAGUGAAGCUGGAGAUGAUGCAAAACAAAUAAAUUAUCUUCUGGUUUAAGCUUUCUCUUCAAGCCAAGCAACAAUGUACCCGUUGAUGCAGCCAGAAGCCAUCUUCCUAAACAUUGCAAUAUUCCUGAGUCCUUACUUCCAAUCAGUUUACUCCAGGGAACAUCAAACUCCUAAAGAUUGCGCAAGUGAUGAAUGCAAGGUGGAAGGAAUUGAUUGUACACAUAUCAAGGAACUAGUUCCCAAAGCUUCAAAUGGUGUAUAUAUGAUUCAGCCAGUAAGAACAUCCAAGCCAUUUAAGGUAUUUUGUGACAUGAAGGAUGGGGGUUGGACCAUAUUCCAGAUUAGAAAUGGUUUAGAUUCCCUGAAUUUUCAAAAAGGUUGGGCUGAGUACAAGAAAGGAUUUGGACAUCCUAGCUGUGAACAUUGGCUGGGAUUGGAAAACAUUUACUUACUGACUAACCAGGCAAAUAAGAAAUUUAAACUUCGUGUAGAAUUAAAAGACUUUGAAGACAACAGUGCACAUGCAGAAUAUUCUGAAUUCUGGAUUGACAGUGAAACAGAAUUUUACAGACUUCAUCUGGGAAAUUACUCAGGAAAUGCAGGUGAUGCUUUCAGAGGACCAGGACCCCCAGAAGAUGACCAAAAUAGUCAUAUGUUCAGUACUUAUGACCAGGAUAAUGAUGAUUGCAAACCCUGCAUCUUUGGUGACACUGCAAUUGAAAGUUGCAGUGCUAUGUUUGGUAGUGGAUGGUGGUUCAGUCAAUGUGGAAUGGCAGAUUUAAAUGGAGACUGGCAUUCAAAAGAUAAUAACAUUGGCUGGUUGUCUGGAAUACACUGGAAAACUUGGAAAGAGGUACCAUAUUCAUUCCAAGUCAGUCAGUUAAAAGUUCAAUCAGUGUAA